UUUCUAACACGCAAUGAGUGAUCGAAUGCUUAAAUAGCUCUUCCUGUUUUGCAUCAACAGUUCUGGUCCGAAAGGUACUGGGUUCGAAUCCCACCGUCAACACUAACUUCUUAAUCUCAUGAAAGUUUCAUUCUUCUCGAAAAUGAGUUCUUCCUACUUUCUCUCCCCUUCUCUGUUAUCAGUACCCACGAUAACAACGUCGCUCGUCAGAUUCAAUCCAACUAAAUGUAAAGCUUUAUCAGUUUCCGGUGAUUAUUCUUGCUUCCAAGUGAAGGGGUUAACCUACCGACCACCUGGGACCGAGAACAACCUUUUGAACGAUGUCAAUUUCUCCCUUCACGAGAAAAGUUUGGGCUUAAUAUUCGGACGAAGUGGAAGUGGAAAAACUACACUCUUGCAGCUUCUUGCUGGGCUAGUUAAACCGACAUCAGGAUCCAUUCAUAUUCAAAAAUAUGAUAAAGACGGGAUCCCAAAUCAAGCUCCUGAACUAUUGCCUCCUGAAAGAGUUGGCAUUGUUUUUCAGUUUCCUGAGAGGUACUUCUUGGCUGACACUGUGCUUGAAGAAGUUACAUUUGGGUGGCCAAGGCAGAAAGGAAGUGUUCAAGUGAAAGAACAGCUUGCCUUGAGACUCCAACGAGCUAUUACUUCGGUUGGAAUGAACGGGAUCUCCUUGGAUGAAGAUCCCCACGCUCUUAGUGGUGGCUACAAACGCCGACUUGCUUUAGCAAUUCAACUAGUACAAGUCCCAGACUUGUUGAUACUUGAUGAGCCUCUCGCAGGUCUUGAUUGGAAGGCACGAGCAGAUGUUGUGAAGUUACUAAAGCAUCUAAAAAAGGAACUAACGUUACUUGUCGUGAGCCAUGACCUCAAGGAGUUGUCAAACCUGGUUGACCAAUCAUGGAGGAUGGAAAUGGGUGGAGUUCUAAAGGAAGAACCUUUACCCAUUUAAAUUAUUAAUUGGUCCUGAAUCUGGAUUUUGUAAUGUACUUCUCAAUUGAAUUCAACGGUACUAUUGAUAAUAUAAUUUGACUGAUUCAUCUCUUACUUCUUAAUGGUGAUAAUGCUAUUAUUAUCUAAA